UCUUCUGCCUUCUUUUUUAAGUGUGUUAUGGAUGCUGUGUUUAGUAACUUUUUCUGUUUAUUUUUUUUUCUUUGUAGUUUUGUUACACUGCUUGUGUGUUUGGGUUCUUCACAGACUGAUUUCCUUGGUACAAAAUAGACAGUUUAUUGCCCCUAUUCUGUGGACUGGUUUAUGUUGAGCAGAUAAUCUGCUGGCAAUUUGUGUUCAAGAUAUAUUUCCUAUUAUCCCUGGGUAGAAAUUCAUUUGGAUUACAAUGGAAAAAUCAGUAUGAAAGAAUGGACAAUGAAUCAUAAGCUAUGAAAAUAGGGACAAUGGCAAUCAGUUGAUAAAUAAGUUGUAAAGUGGUAGGAGAUAACAAACUUCAAACCAUUUAUUUGAUAAGCAUUGAAAAAAGUAAGCUACAUGGCAUUUUAGUCAAAAUUUAUGAAUCAUAAUGCUCUUGAAUUUGUCUGUUUUUGUUAGAUAUAUUUGAAUUUCACACUAGCUGUUUGUGAUUGAACUGUGUCAUAACUGUGUACUAAGGAAAUCGUGUAUUUGGUUGGUUUUAUAGAAUAGCUUAAAAUUAUAGCUUUGUUGGCUAUGGACUAUUUCAUCAAGUAAGCUUGGUGAUUUAAGUUUAUGCUCUUAUAGAGCUAGACCAGAAGUUAGGUAUUAACAGAAAAGAAAAUAUAGAAAGUUAUUGAGUAACUUCCUCCAAGUUCAACUCUACUGUCUCUGCAUCAAUGGAUAUCCAACCAGAAAUUAGGUAUAACACUUUGAUGACCAUCUUAGAGCAUUCCUUCUGUUUUCUCAAGUCUUGUGCUUUGGCCUCCAUCCAGAAGAUUACACUUGCUCCUCCCUUCUCAAGGUUUCUGAAAGGCUCAAGGCACUUCAGGAAGGUCCUGCUAGAAGGGUCUUUGACAAAAUUGAUGACUGUGUGUUGUCGCAUAUAAUGCAAUCAUCAUGAGUCGUGCUUGGAAUAGCUGGCCUAGUGAGGCCUUGACUUUGUUCAGAGAAUUGCACGAGAGUGGCCUCAAGCCAAAUGAUGUCCCGUGCUUUUGCACUUUCAUCAUGCACUUUUCUAGGGGCAUUGGACUUAGGGAGGUGAUCCACAAGUAUCUCUAGAAGAAUGGGUUUGAUCAGUAUGUUAAGGUAAAUACUGCACUUAUAGAUAUGUAUGCUAAAUGUGGGAGUUUGGAUGAUGCGGUUCGUGUGUUCAGGAACAUGCCUAGGAGAGACACACAAGCCUGGUCGGCAAUGCUUGUUGCUUAUGCAACACAUUGACAUGGCUUACAAGCCAUUGUUGGAAGAAAUGAAGAAGGGCCAUGAGGGCAAAUUCUCUAUUUAUGUACAUGCGUCAAAGGAAAAGCCAAUACAUGUCAGUCCCUAUUUUGUUGGCCGAGACAUUCGCAGUGAACCGGUAGUCUGGGGAAAAAUUUCUAUGGUUGAGGCAGAAAGGAGACUUUUGGCAAAUGCACUUUUAGACCCUGAUAACCAACAUUUUGUCUUGUUGUCUGAAAGUUGUGUACCGGUGCGCCGCUUUGAAUUUGUGUACAACUAUUUAUUAUUAACAAAUGUCAGCUUUAUUGACUGCUAUGUGGAUCCUGGUCCUCAUGGAAACGGAAGGUAUAUAGAACAUAUGUUGCCUGAAGUAGAAAAGAAGGAUUUCCGAAAGGGUUCACAGUGGUUCUCAAUGAAACGGCAGCAUGCUAUAAUAAUUAUGGCAGACAAUCUCUACUUUUCAAAAUUCAGGCACCAUUGCAGGCCAAAUAUGGAGGGAAACCGCAACUGCUAUGCUGAUGAGCAUUACCUGCCAACGUUUUUUAAUAUGCUUGAUCCAGGUGGAAUUGCAAAUUGGUCGGUAACAUAUGUUGAUUGGUCUGAAGGAAAAUGGCAUCCAAGGUCAUUCAGAGCUCGGGAUAUUACUUAUCAAGUCAUGAAAAACAUAGCAUACAUUGACGAAAGUCCACAUUUUACAAGUGAUGCAAAGAGAACUAUGGUGAUUACACCUUGUGUAUUGAACGGCUCAAAACGAUCAUGUUAUCUAUUUGCCCGGAAGUUUUUCCCAGAAGCUCAGGAUAAAUUGAUCCAACUCUACACUAAUUCUACGAUAUUCUAAAGUAUUUUUCUUAUCAUUCUUUGGUGAAUUAACACCAUGUGAUCCCCAGCCUCACGUUCUAGCACAUAUCAAAUUGUUUUGAGAAGUGCUCAAAGGCAACUGGAUAAAUUUCUUUGGAAGACAAAGAAGCUGAUUCAGUUAAAAUUUUAUGGUCUGGGGCUUGACGGAACUGCUGAGCUUGUCGUCUGGUUGGAUAAUUUGAUGUUCCUAUUGUACUUUUUUUUUUUUCUUAAGUAUUUAAAACAUCAUAGAUUCUCCUGAAGGGUAGAAGUUUUGGUAUCCUUGAUAGAGACUAGAGAGGCAGGGAUAAGGUUUGAUUUUGAUUUUGACGCUGGAAGCUAACUGUCACUUAUGACUGUUAUUGCAUUGGAAAUUUUUCUGAAGUCACGAAUUAAAUGUUACUUGAUGAAUGGUUCAG